GGAGACAUCCAACAAGAAUUUCAUAGGGCUAAAGUGACAUUUUUUUGAUAAAAUCACCGACUUUUAGUCACUUACGUUCAAAUAAUGCCAUGUCAAACAUGUGACAGGGUUUGGUACCCGUAUGUAACCUAUCGGUACCAACUCGACAUGAAUGGUGAAUUUAAUCUGGAAGAAAAAUAUAGUCGAGUCCUCGCCACCGCUCACUAGAACGGUAUUUGAUGGGUUUAUACUAAUCUGGGUGAUGGGUUUAUCAUGAGGUUUAGUGGUUUGUAUGACCCUGACUUCGACUUUGUCCUCAGUUAUUGUCAAAAUUGACACUCUGAGAGUACCAUCGUCAAAACCCAUCAAAAGCUCAUCGCCGUAGACGCAAAGCUACGACAAAUAUUGUCACUUUAUCAUGGUUAUAAUCCAGAUGGUACCUUUGGUGGAAUCCAAAUCAUGCAAGUACCUUUCGCCGGAUAUUGGUAAUCAAAAAUGAGCCUCUUUUCUAAGUAAGCAUAGACAUAAAUUCGCCCAUCUUCGCCCAGACUCGCCAAAAAAGGCCCAUUGGGACUGGCUGCAAUGGCUACGACUUUACCAGCAUGACAUUUAUACAACUGUACCGAUUCUUUCGGUGUCUCUUCAGUGUUGAGGUCGAUCAUCCAGAUUCCACCAUUGCCGUCUUGUCCGAAAUAACUCGUAUCUUUCGGAUCUGGAUACCUCUUUCGCAUACACAUCAACAUGAGUCCCUCGGUGUGAAAAUCAUAAGUUGGUUCGAUUUGAAUUACUCUGUCGUCAUCUGGAGGGUCAGCUUGAUCGAUUUUUUCAUACCACCAGACUUUAACAUGCCCAUCCAUUCCCACCGUCAUUAAUUCCCCGUCGUUGUACGAGAUUUGCACAAUUGGACCGUCAUGACACUUUCUUCUCAAGGUCCGAAAAACUUCAAGUUUGAUCAAUCCGGCGUCCCAGACCAAAAUAUUGCCCCAGGAGCAGCCGGAAACGACUUUUUCGUCCGGCAUCGGGAGUACUCCCAAAAUAUCCGAAAACUCAGUUUUGCCAAACCGCCCCAAUUCGCCUUUGAGUUUAAGUCCGGUGAAAGUCCGGGCCAUUUUCCAGAAUUUAAUAUGGGAUAUACCACAACUGGUCAACUGGCCUGGACAAUAGGGCGAAAAUUUCACCCUGUUGACGUCGUUGACGUACGAUUUCGUCCUAAGAAGGAUCCUACGUUUCGGCCAAUUCCAGAUUGUUAUCAGAUAGUCGGGUUCACCGCCUUGAGAGACCAAUAAUAAGCCAUCGGGGCUAAAAUCUAAAUGGGAGUAAAGCCUCGAGGAGCCCCCUUUUAACACGCAGUUGAUCUCCAUGGAUGGCCACUCGUAGAUUAUGAUCAAGGGUAUUUUGCCGUUCUCUGCUAUAGCGACAUGAUUAAAUUCCGGGUUUGGAUUCGCCUUAAAAGGCCCAACUUAGGCGGAAAAUGAAUAUUAAAAAGGUAUACCUUUAUAUGUGCUAUUCCCCCUCCCAAGGCACUCCGCCGGAAGGAAAUGGUUUUCGUCAGUACAUCGAAAAAAUUGAUGAAAUUUCCCGACGCGAAAAUCAGAGUGUCGGGAUCGGGUGAAGUGAGAUUAAAGUAUUUCCGACAGUUGUAACCAAACGAAAAACUACAAAGGUGAGUUAUUAGGAAAAAAAUAAAAUGAGAGAUUAUUUUACUCAAAUUUUAAAACAUCUUCGUUGAUUGUACAUUUUUCGCUUUGAUACGGGCCGGAAAUGAACGUACUCGCAUCGUAAAUACUCCAAUGGUCUUCCUCUUCCUCCUCCUCCUCUUCGUACUCUUCUUCUUCAUAUUCUUCUUCAUCCUCGGGAAGAUCUUCGAGACCUUCAUCGGUUUGCGACAUCUUUCAAGUUUGAUCAAUGCCAAUUUCGUUGUCAAGAUAUUCGAGGGCGAUGCUGACCGCAGCCGGGAUUGUCACACUCGUCAUCAUGGUGGUGGGUGUCAUCGGCAACUUACUCACAGUUUUCGCGCUCAUGAGGAACUCGAAGAUUAGAACAGUCGCCGCUGCUUUUAUCGCGAGCUUGUGCAUCUCCGACCUGAUGUUCUGCUUCAUCGUUCUUCCGUUCGCCGCGAGUCAAUUCUUCCACGGUACGUGGAUCCACGGCGACGUCCUCUGCACCAUAAUCCCCGUUUUGCGCUACGGAAGCGUGGGAGUCUCCCUCCUGAGCAUCGCCAUGAUAUCAGUAAACCGCUACAUCCUCAUCGCUUGGCCCCACGUCUACGGCCAAAUCUACACCAAGGCAAAGGUCGCGAUCUACAUCACCGUCAUCUGGCUCUUCAGCUACGGCCUACAGAUCCCGACUUUGCUGGGCCAAUGGGGGGUGUACGGCUUCGACAAGAAGCUCGGCACUUGCUCGAUUAACAAAGACGCCAAUGGGCGCUCCUCAAAGACAGCCCUUUUCGUAAUCGGGUUCGCUCUCCCGUGUGCUGUCAUCGUGGUUUGCUAUGCUAACAUUUUCUGGGUGGUGCGGAAGAGCCACAAGCGGCUCAAACAGCACAACUCGGGGGGCGACUAUAAGCGAAGCGAGAUGAAGAUAACGAAGAUGGUGCUAGUGAUUUUCGUUUGUUUUGUCGUGUGUUAUUUACCAAUCACAAUCGUGAAGAUUUUCGAUCCGGAAGUUAAGCAAGCACCUUUGCAUGUCUUGGGGUACAUCCUCAUCUACAUUUCCUCUUGUGUGAAUCCAGUGGUGUACGUCACCAUGAAUAAACAGUACAGACAGGCGUAUUUGGACACGUUAAAGUGUCGCAUGGCCAGUGCUGGGGACUCGCUGCACACGCCGAGCCCCCAUAGUCGGACGCAUUUAUCUGUUGGGUACCUCAAAAAUGUGGUAAACAACUCGCCCAAAGUGUGACGUACACUAUUCUAUUAUUUAUUCCUCUAAUAUUUAUGUAAAUACCAAAGUACAAAUACCUUACAUUAAGGCUCUUUUUAUUGUGUACAUAGUUUUUUUAUGAAAUAAAGUAUUAUUGA